AUGCCGCAUCGCCAACGUAACGGACUUAGGUGGGCGGACAUGGGCGGCUGCUCUUUUGAGCUGGAACCCCAAUGGGCAGGGCAGCCCCAGCUCGACGACAUUACUCAAGUCUGUCGAAGAGCUCUGGAUCUCUCCGCCGAAGAUGGCUGCUCCGUCACUUUUCAUGCCGAUGCACCUUCAGCAAAGACUAUCUGGGCGAGUGCCCGCGUGGCAAUCACGACCUUGGGCUGGAUCCGCCGCAUGACCCAUGUUCCCGUCCCCAAGGUUAUCGCCUUCGACGACAGCCAGGACAAUGAUAUCGGAUAUGAGUGGAUCCUCAUGGAGCUGAUGCCCGGUGGAGAGCAUUUCGACUACGAUAUUGCCCGUGGCCCUUUCCGAACCAGUCAUGAUUGGCUGAGCGCGUGCCUGGAGAUCAUCCGUCAAGAGCAAGUGGAGGCGCUCGAGGAAGAAGAGGACGAGGAAGACCAAGAAGACCAAGAAGACCAAGAAGACGGGAAAGACGAGAAUGACGAGGGAGGCGAAGAAAACGAAGAAGAUGAAGUCCGAGAGGACGCCAAAUAUCGCCUGCAAGUCGCCAACAAGUUGACGAAGCUGCUCCCCAAGCUUUUCCCCCUUUUCCAGAAUCCAGCUGAACCAACUGUGCUUUGGCACGACAACCUUUCCAUGUCAAACAUCCUCGUUGACGACGACGGCAAAAUCACGGCGCUGAUUGAUUGGGAGUGUGUCUCGUGCAAACCCCUUUGGGUGGCUACUGAGAUGCCCGAGUUUCUGCUCGGGCAUGUGCAGGAAGAGGAACCAAAUAAAGAUUAUCCGGACGAAGACGACGCGAAGAAGACGAAACUAGACCGGAUUGAAUUGUUUGAGUUCCAACAAACGCAGCUGCGCAAAGUCUAUGUUGGCAAGAUGAAGCAACUUUGGCCGCAGUGGGAGACGGAGGUUGCGCCCGCGGCCUUGAAGUUGGAUUUCUUGGGCGCUGUGGACCGCUGUGCCGGCGGCUGGUAUCUGGUCGAGAUAGAACAAUGGAUUGACGCUGUGGAGGGCGGUGCAUUUCCUCGAUUGACGGACUUUUUUGAGGACAUGGAGAGCUGA